CACACACACACACUCACACACAGCUCCUAGCUCAUUUCCCUCCCCUCUCAUUCUCCACAUGGCUCGGUGGUGGGUGCAGCAGUUUUGGUGUCCCCGCUUUGGAAGGCAUACCCAGCCUUUGCUCCACACUACCCUCCUGCUGUCCCUCCUCUGCCCGCCAGUGGAGCCUCUUCCCUGGGAUGCAGACACCAGCAGCGGCCCCGGGCAGGAGUGUGCGCGACAUCUGGAAGACGUGUGCGGCGUAUGCGCGGGUGACGGGAGCUCGUGCGAGCUCGUUACCGGGACGCUGUAUCAUUCGGUCCUCCCGACUGGCUACUACAAACUCCUGGACAUCCCGCGUGGAGCCCAGCGAAUCAAAAUCCAGGAGACCCAGAAGACCAGGAACUACCUGGCACUCAAGACUGAUAGUGGCGAAUCACUAAUAAACGGUGCCUGGGUGAUUGACAGGCCAGGGCGGCUCUUUGCUGCCGGGACUGUGCUGACAUAUAAACGGCCUAAUGAGAUUCGCACCAAAGCCGGAGAGUCCAUCACGGCUCCGGGACCGACCAAUCAGGAGCUCCACCUCUAUGUUAUAUAUCAACAGCCUGGUAUAAGUGUGUAUUAUGAAUAUGUUUUGCCCAAAGACAGUCCUGGCUAUGAAACGUCUACCCUCUCAGGAAUCCUGCCCCCGGCAGAGAACCAAGGACUGGGAGAUGAUAGGAUUGGGAUCCAUCCUAAUCUGGUGCCCUCUGACCUGGUGACCCCCGAUCCACUUUCACCCUACAGUUGGGUUGCCAUGACAAAUACACCAUGCAGUGCUACCUGUGGGACAGGCAGACGUCAGGUGCUGUUCAACUGUGUGGAGAGAGCCACUCAGACCACUGUGCCGGGAGACCUUUGUAACCACACCCCUCGCCCCGCCCCUCAAGAGCAGGACUGCCAAUCACAGCUUUGCCCAGCAUUUUGGGAUCUAGGUGAGUGGUCUGAGUGCAGUAAGACCUGCGGCGCCGGCAUCCAGCGUCGACAGGUGCUUUGUCGCCAGACCCGCGGGCGUCACGGCAACAGCACGGUCACCAUGGCAACGGCGCUUUGCGAGCACGCGGAGAUGCCGGAGACGACGGCCCUGUGCCAGCUGAAGAUCUGCAGUGAGUGGCAGAUCCGCUCCGAGUGGACUCAGUGUCCGGUGCCGUGCGGGGUAGGGCAGCAGCGGAGGGAGGUGGUGUGUGUGGAUGCUCUGGGGGAUGUAGUCCCUGAUGACGACUGCAACCUGCACCUCCGUCCAGCGCACCGACUCAACUGUGACAUGGGGGCCUGCUCUCAAAGCUGGUUCUACUCUCCCUGGAGUGACAGGUGCUCUGCAGAUUGUGGGGAUGGCGAGCGCAGCCGCUCAGUGGUGUGUUUGACCAAUCAGACUGGUUCUCUCCCACUGGAUGGCUGUGAUGAUGUCAAACCAGAGGCACUCAUAACAUGUAACUUGGGAGCCUGCACAGACAGGCUAGAGUGGUACACAGGGCUCUGGGGACAGUGCUCGUCAGAGUGUGGCAAGGGCAGACAGAGUCGGGGUGUGGUCUGUGUGCAUCAUAUCAAUGGCCAAUUGGAAGUCACUUCUGAUACAAACUGUUCCCAUCAGCCCCGCCCCCCAGAUUCCCAGUCAUGUCACCUGAAGAGCUGUGGUCCACAGUGGUACACAACUGACUGGAGUUCAUGUUCCCAUUCCUGUGGGGGCGGAUAUAGGGUUAGAGAGGUGCGUUGCCUGGGAGAUGACCUGAGCCCAAGCUACGACUGUGACUUUGCUCUGACCCCUGCCAGACGAGAAGAGUGCAACACGCACAUCUGCAUUCCAGAGAUGGACGGGUCCUGCAGGGACAUGUAUUUUAACUGUGAGCUUGUGCUGCGAGCCCAGCUGUGUGUGUACUCCUACUACCGCAUGGCCUGCUGUGUCUCCUGCUCCCGCACCUCCCACGGUUACGCACGCAGGAAUGGGAUGCAGUGAGUAUACUCACAGCACUGGAGCUUCGUGAUUGGUGCCUGUGGCAGGUGAUGAA